GAACAAAUACAGGCAAACACCCAAGAAAUGCGGCAGUGAACUCCCAACCGAUGCUUUUUGCUGGUGAGCUCCCAACCGAUGCUUUCCAUUCCAUCCAAUCCAUACACUUGUCCUCAUCAUAGCCCUCCUCUAUUUUCUUAGAUUCUUUUCAGGCCCUAUAAAAUGGGGCUCGAAUCCGCAUGAAAAUCAAAUCCAUUGCAGUGGAAACUCAUCCUAACUUGCAUUUUAGUGUGCUACUACCUACUGCAACAAAAAACACAAGAUCAUAGCUAGCUAUGGGUGGGAACAAGCAGAAAAAAUCCUUCUCUUUUUUCAGUUUCUUCAAAGCUAAGAAGGGUCAUAAAUAUCAGGAUUAUUCCUAUUCGGCGGUGGAAGAUGUUCAGAGCACAAGAAAGGUGUAUCCUAGCGAUGAAGACAGUACUCUCAGGGUGGUUGCUGAGCCUGGUAUUGACAAGAAAGCUUCCGCUUUCAUAGCCAAUUUCCAUGCAACUCGUGUCUCAGACUCUCAGAAGCAAUUCUUCAUCACCAGGCAGACUGAAAAUGAGGCCGCCCUGAUAUGAACCCUCUUCUCCUCUACACCACUAUAGCUAGAUAGUGAGACUGCAAAUUGUUUCUUAAUUAUUACCAGUUGGUUAUAGUUUGUGAAUGAAAUAUAAACACAUGUUAAUUCUUGUAUCAGUAUAGCUAGAAUUGCUUUUGUUCAAUCAAGUUUCUAUACAUGAUAUUUUCCUUCUAUCACACAAAAUCCAUCCUGAAAGCAUUCGACUUUUUACUUCUUACACUAAUAUUAAUUCUACCUAUGUAUUAUACGACACCACAUAUCAAUUUUACUGUUCCUUGUGUUUGGAUCUAUAUUAACAGAAAAGCUAAUGUGAAAUGCUCAUUUAGAGGAGCAAGCAUAAACGAAAAGUGAAUAGCUUAAGUUGCAGGGGAUGGAUAUAUAGGAUUCUUGUUUUUAGUUGAUUUUGAUUUUGGGAUAGAAUUAAUGUCAUUUUAUCAUUAGCUUCAGUAAGUGAACAUGAUAAAUUAAAACGGAGCUCCAAGGGAAUAAUCAAUUCAAGUUAAUUUAUGAAGACUGAAAACUUAUACCUGCUAGCAGCAGCUUCC